CUUCCAUGCCAAGCAGCUUGGCAACACCGACGACUAUAGUAUUCAUAUUGUCCUCUUCCUUUAUAACUCAGCCAUUCUUUACACUUCUCUCUUGCAUUUCUUUGAUUUACUCUCACUGAAAGAUAAAGAAACUGCCGAUAAUCUGCUUCUUUUCCUCUUUAAACGUAAAAGUUUAGUUCAUAUUGUAGUCGAGACCCCAUAUAUAUCCGUAAACAUCUGAGAAUACUACUGAGCAGAAAGAAAUAGAAAAUGGGAGUUGCAGGAACUUUGGAGUACUUGUCUGACAUGCUAAGCAGCGUCAAAAAGCCCAAGAAAAAGAAGCAGAUACAAACUGUAGCACUCAAAGUGAGGAUGGACUGCGAGGGCUGUGAACGUAAGGUCAAGAACGUCCUCUCAGGAGUUAAAGGAGUUAAAUCUGUGGAUGUAGACUUGAAGCAGCAGAAGGUGACGGUGACUGGAUACGUAGAGCCAAAGAAAGUGUUGAAGGCAGCUCAAUCUACUAAAAAGAAGGUGGAGCUAUGGCCUUAUGUCCCCUACAGUUUAGUGGCAAAUCCAUAUGUUUCUCAGGCCUAUGACAAGAAGGCUCCUCCUAAUCAUGUCAGAGCCGUUCCGGCCACCGCAACCAUCACUGAGACCACCGUGGACGAUAGCUACACCAAUAUUUUCAGCGAUGAGAACCCAAAUGCUUGUUCCAUCAUGUAGAUUAGUAUGCAUGUUACACUGUACAUAAAGUAAUUAAUUAUAUACGUAAUCUCGAGGUUAAUGCUUUUUUUUUUCCUAGAAAAAAGGUUGUUAGAUCGUUUUGUGGUGGACGUGGAGUUUGAUGUGUGGGCAACGUUGUUGAUGAAGUGGUGUGGGUUGUUACGCGACAGCUACGUUUGUCUCAAAUAAUGUUGCUUUAAUUUCUGUGAUUGACAUUUGCAAGAUCUUUAAAAAAAAAAGAAGUUAUUUUCUCC